CUCCCAAGAAUGAACAAAUGCAAAAAGAAGCUAAACUCUCAUAACAAAUAAUUGUAGCCAGUUCUUUCUUUCGAUCAAGCAAUGACUUACGUUAAGCACGCUCCUUUGGCUUUGGCUGUGUUCUUGCUUGCUACGUUGAUAAUGUUCCCGGUGAAGAAGGUAGAAGCACACCAUUGUUCCAUAGGUCCUUGUUCAACACCAUGGGCAACAUGCGGUAGUGAAUAUUGUAUUUGUAUCCCUAUGGGAUCUAGUAAUAUAUGCCAACCUUCAUCAUAUAAAGAUGUUGUGAAGAUUACCGGAAAAAAUCAUAACUUUUGUCAAUCUCAUGUGGAAUGCAAGGAGAAGGGACGUGGGAGCUUCUGUGCUCGUUAUCCUAGUUCUAAAGUCGAUUAUGGUAGGUGUGUUGCCUCUAUAUCUGAGGAAGAAGACUUCUUGAGGAUGUCAGUGAUAGUUUAAUAAUAUUGAUAUGUCCAAAAAAUCUACAUCCAUGAUAUGAUGCAUCUUCUACUUUAAAUAAACAAUCUUUGUUUCCAAUCGAUGAGUUGGAUUUCUUAGAUCUAUACCCAUCCAGAUUUCAAUAAGUGAUGCAUGUAAAUGGGUGUGGUGGAACUUUAAUAUAUAUUGUUACAUUAUUCCUAGUAAUAUUAUGAAUCAAUCAUCCAUAUAUAUUUGUUGGCUUUAA